AUGGGGUCUGUAGCACAGGAGACGCAUUUCAAGAAGAUACAGCAAUUCAAGGCAAACUAUGCUGAUGCAACAUUCACUCAGUAUGAAUCGCAACGCACGGGGCUGCGCGUAGUCGUGGUCGAUCGAAAAGGUCCAAAGGUUUACGGAAACUUCGCGGUAGCCACAGAGAUCCAUGAUGAUUCCGGCGCACCACAUACCCUGGAACAUCUUUGCUUUAUGGGCUCACGAAAGUAUCCCUUCAAGGGCGUGCUGGACAAGAUUGCUACUCGUUCAUACUCGGAUACCAAUGCGUGGACGGAUGUCUCAGAGACAGUUUACACUCUCUCCACUGCGGGCUGGGAAGGUUUUGCGCAACUGCUGCCAAUUUACCUUGACCAUCUCAUUGUUCCUACACUGACUGACGCUGGCUGUUACACUGAGGUUCACCACAUUGAUGGAAAGGGAGAAGAUGCGGGUGUUGUCUACUCUGAGAUGCAAGGGCGACAGAACUUGCAGGGUGACCUCAUGGACCUUCAAAUGCGUCGCCUCCUGUACCCUGAAGGGGACGGUUUCCGAAUGGAGACUGGUGGCUUGAUGGAGAAUCUUAGGGUCUCAACCGCAGAACGGAUACGCCAAUUCCAUCGAGACAUGUACCAACCCAAGAACUUGCGUGUCAUCAUCAUAGGAGAGGUUGACCACCCAAACCUUUUGCAAGUUCUUGAUACUUUCGAAGAUGAUAUCAUCGACCACGUGCCGGCUUACGAUGCCCCAUUCAAGCGCCCAUGGGUGGAAUCGCCGCGUACUCCUCCACUCAGCAAAACCAUUGUUGACACGGUAGAAUUCCCGGAAGAGGAUGAGUCCACAGGAGAGAUUCAGAUCGCGUUCCUGGGCCCAGAGACUACUGACGAUCUGGGAGAAACAGCUAUCAACACCCUUCUGAACUACCUUGCUGGCUCAUCUGUGUCUGUCCUUGUCAACACGCUUGUCGAGAAGGAGCAUCUAGCUAGCAUGGUUUACUUCUGGUGCAAAGGCCACUAUGAUAUGAUCAUCUGGUGGACGAUCUCAUCGGUGGAGACCGGUAAGCUCGCCGACGUCGAGAAGCGCUUCUUUGAAGUUCUCAAGGAACAUGCUUCCAAACCACUUGAUAUGAACUAUCUGAAAGACUGCCUUCACCGCUUCAAAAGGCAAACACGGUACAUGUCGGAGAUUGGCCUGGAUGAAUACAAAGACCCGAUUAUCAAGGACCACGUCUUCGGCGAUCGAGAAGGCACUCAUCUUGAAGAUGCAAUGGCUACUCUCGAUGUUUUUGAUAUACUAGACAUGUGGACAGAAGAGGAGUGGCGAGCCUAUCUGAACAAGUGGAUGGUGAAUGCUCACCAUGUCUCCAUCCUUGGCAAGCCCUCAAAAGCUCUGUCCGACAAGAUCAAGGCCGACGAGGUUGCUCGUGUUAAAGCACAGCAGGAAAAGCUAGGCGAAGAGGGUCUGAAGAAAUUGACACAAAAGCUCAAGGAGGCACAGGAAGAAAACGACAGGCCUAUUCCAGAAGAGAUAAUUGCAGGCGUAAAGGUUCCAAGCACCGAGUCCAUUCACUUCUUCCAAACCACCACAGCACGGUCUGGAUUGGCAAAGAAGCUCGGUGUCUCAGACAAUCCAAUCCAGAAGAUUGUGGACAAGGAUGAGAACGGUAUUCCUCUGUUCAUCCACUUUGAGCACAUACCGACAUCUUUUGUACACUUUGGUUUGGCACUGGGUACUGCCAGCCUACCGACUGAACUGAAGCCUCUUCUUGGAGUCUACCUUACCAACUUCUUCGCCACUCCCAUCAUGAAGGACGGGAAGCGCAUAGAAUUCGAAGAAGUCAUCACCAAGCUGGAGCAGGAUACCAUUGAGUACUCGAUGGAUCGUGGUACAGACAUUGGAAGCUCCGAGAUGAUCUACAUUCCUUUCGUCGCGGAAGCCGAUAAAUUCGAGACAGUCGUACUAUGGCUGAGGUCCAUGUUGGUGGACUCCAUCUUCGACACUGAGCGUGUCAUCUCUGCCGUGAAGAAGAUGCUGGCUGACGUGCCUGAAGAGAAGCGUGACGGCAAUGCCAUGAGCUUUGCAGUCGACCGCAUGAUUCACUACGAUGCAGCAUCAGCUGUCCGCGCAACUGGUACACUCGUCAAGGGACUAUAUCUCAAGCGUAUUCUGAAGCUCCUAAAAACGGAACCACAACAGGUUCUCGAUAAACUCGAAGCUCUGCGCAAGCACCUACUGACUUUCUCCAACAUGCGCAUUCUGGUAACCGCAAACGUCGAGACGCUACCAAACCCAGUCUCAACAUUCAAGCACCUCACCGACGCAUUCCAGCCAGGACCAGAACCCACCAUCAACCCAAUCGACGAUAGGAACGCCCUCCUCUCAGAUGUCGGACGCAACCCAGGCGGCACCCACUACAUCAUCCCCAUGCCCAUUGACUCGUCCUUUGCCGUUUUGACAUCCAAGGGUCCCCAGGGCUACACGAACCCCCAACUUCCUCCCUUGAUGGUCGCCCUUGCAUACCUCGACGCAGUCGAAGGCCCCAUGUGGCAAUCCAUCCGCGGCACGGGUCUCGCCUACGGCAGCAACUUCUUCCGCGACCCAGAGACAGGCCUACUCAAGUUCCGCAUCUCCAAGUCGCCAAACGUGUUCGCCGCGUACAACAAGGCAAAGACGGUAGUCAAAGAGUACGGUGAUGGCACGCAGAAACUGAAUCAGCUCGAGCUUGAAGGUGCCAUUUCGAGCAUCGUUCGCGACUUUGUCGAUGAACGGGCGACAAUUGUGGAUGCGGCGCGUAGCUCGUUUAUUGAUCUCGUGACGAGAGGCGUGGGCAAGGACUGGCAGGAGUGGGCACUGCGCGAGGUGCGCAAGGUGACAGAGGGUGAUGUGCAGAAGAUUCUGCAAGAAGUCGUGGCCAAGGUGUUUGAGCCUCAGAAGACGGAUUUGGUGGUGACGUGUGGUGGCAUCAUGACCGAUGGUCUGAAGAAGGAUUUCGAAGAUGCGGGAUUCAAGAUUCAGCUCAAGCAGCUUACCGACUUCCAAGAUGCGUAUGGUCUGGAGGGUGAUGAGGACGAGGACGAGGAUGACGAAGACGAAGACGAAGACGGUUCUGGAAGCGAAGAUGGAGACAGCGAGAGUGGAUCGGAAAUGGAAGAGUAG